CCGAGUCUUGUUUAGCUGUAGAUCAGCUGGGGACAAUAACAACAAUAACAGCCGUUAACGGGGUCGCAGGGGGGCCGCUUUUUAUGGACGGACUGCGGCCGGAGUGAGCCACCGACGGGCGGGCGGCUGCUGUAAAGGACCCGCUCACGUUUCACCGGGUUAUUCCUCACAUUCCCAGCUUUGCCACACCGCUUCCUGCGUGCCCCGACACCACGAAUUGCGGCUAAUAACUCUAGCUAGCAUGCUAAUUCAUGCUAUAUCUCCAAGUGUGCCGUGCCGUGCUGCUCUUACGUGUUCUUAAUAACGCCGUGUGAUGUCCUCUGCGUUGGAUGUAUUUGUUGUUUUUGUUUUUUAAUAAUCUCGCAUAGCUCACUCCAGGAAUGCUGCUAUAAAGUUUUACCAGCCAUACAACUGAUGUACAAUGUUACAUUAUGAUGUGUUGUUGACUUGAGGAGCUGGUUUGUCGGCUGGUUCUUUGUGAACUUGUGUGUGUGUGGGGGGACGAGCUAGCCGUGUUAGCAGGGCUGCUGGUUGUGUUCAGGGACCAGUGUGGCCAGGCCUCUAACGUUACUGUCAGGAGAGAUGGAAAACAAAAGAUUAGCAUUAGCUCGCUAACCCUCCAGCGGUGCGUUACAGCCACAGACCCUCGUACGAUCAGCAGCUGGGGAGGCUGGGGGUCGGCAUGGUUUUGGUGUUUAGUAAUGGUUGUUACAUUUGCCAGAUUUCCUGUUUGGCAGAACAUCCUGUGCUGCCGUUUCACCACCAGCCCAAUGCUGUCUGUCAGCACUUAGCUUACAGUAGAUGAUCAUUUAAGUGACAGUGUUGUUUAUGAUGCUUUUCUAGGUUGUUUUUUUUAUAUAUAAGCAAUGAGAUGGACAUUAGGGAAAAGGGGAACUUUUUAAAGAAAUGCAAACUUUCAAGAGGUUUCAUCAUUGUUCCUUACAUUCACUGACUGCAGCAAAUCCAAGUGGGUGUUGAUACUCAGACCGUAGCAUCUCGUCUGAAGUCCAGUGGGAAAAAGGGUGACUCUUGUGACCCACUGCCAUGUCAGAGACUCUGAUCACGGGGCAGACAUCGGAGGAUCUGUUGGCAGACUUUGAGACUUUGCUGAACUCUGGGAGCAUUGACCUGGGCGCAGAGCACCAGAUAGUGAUCAUCACCAGCCCCAGCAAUGAGGGACUCCACGCGGCCGUCGCCCCCACCAGCACGGGGGAGAUCCUGCUGUUCGCCACGCCGCAGGGCCCUGUUGACGUGGGGGUCCAGGACAAGAGAAGACCGGCUCUGGGAAGACCGCCGGUAAAGAGGAAGUUGGACCUGGACAGUGACCAUCAGUAUGUCAGCACAACUCGACCGUCCAUAGGCCAAGCACCACCGUCCACACCUGCUCCUCCCAGAGUCCCUCGAACCACGACGGAGAAGUCGCGCUACGACACGUCCUUGAAUCUGACAACCAAGCGCUUUCUGAACCUGUUGUCCCAGUCGGCUGACGGCGUGGUGGACCUGAACUGGGCCUCGCAGGUCUUGGAUGUCCAGAAGAGACGCAUCUAUGACAUCACCAAUGUCCUGGAGGGGAUUCAGCUCAUCUCCAAGAAGUCCAAGAACAACAUCCAAUGGCUUGGUAAUCGAGUUGAUGCGUCCUUGGUUUCCCGUCAUAAGGAGCUACAGAGAGAGGUGUGUGACCUCACGGAUGCUGAGGAGCAGCUGGAUGAACUCAUUUCCAGAUGCAACCUACAGCUCCGACUGCUCACAGAGGACCCGCAGAACAAGAAAUUGGGCUACGUGCGCUGCCAGGACUUAAAGAAGUCCUUUGAUUCUCCGGACCAGCUGGUCAUGGUGAUCAGAGCGCCACCAGAGACCCAGAUGCAAGUUUCAGAACCCAGCAAGGGGUACCAGGUGUCGCUGAAGAGCACGCGGGGUGCAAUUGACGUCUUCCUCUGUCCAGAGGACAGCUCCGGCGUCUGCAGUCCCGUGAUAGGAAGUAGUCCCUCCAAACCCGACGCUGACCCCUCCCUGGUUCCCUCUCCCACACAGCCCACGGACCAAUCGCAAGCCAGAACCUCCACAAUGGUGCUAGACGUGGCUUUGUCGUCGCCAGCGUCCACGUCGUCCACGGCGACGGCAGCCUCCCAGCAGGACCAAUCAUCCCUGGUGUUGGGUGGUGAUGCAGAAUCGCUCCUUGGAGGAGACCCGUUCUCCGGCCUCGGGGACAUGCCCGACUUCAACCUCUCGCCCCUCUCCUCCUCGGACUUCCUGAAUGCUGAUGGCGUUCUGCUCCCACUGGACGGAUUCAUCAACCUGUCCCCCCCCCACAGUCACGACUACCACUUUGGCCUGGAGGACCACGAAGGCAUCAGUGAACUGUUUGACUGUGACUUUGGAGACCUAUCGCAAGUUUUGGGGGACGGUUAGAUGCAGAAGACGAGGAGGAGGAGAAGGAGGAGGAAGUGGGCAUCUAGAUUUAGGACGUGUCCUCAGUUCCCUGGGGCUUCAAAAAGGAGGGCUGAAAAUCUACAAUUUAAGGGCAAAUAUCUGUCAAAAGUCCAAACUUAAUGUUUUAAUUGUGCAGUGUUGGAAAAAAUGAUUUAUGUAUCAAUUGCCUGGGAUCCUCUAAAUACUACCCUAAUUCCAAAAUCUCUUGUCCCCUAAAUUGUACAUCACAUUAUUAGCACUUCUCUUUGGCCAUUUAAACUCUAGACCAAGACGUUAGCUUUAGUACAGCUAUUUAAAUUAUUUAUAUGAAUGUUGUUUUUUCAUAAUUUGUACGUGCGUUUUCUUUCUGUCGUUGUUAUUGAUAAUGUUUUAUCCAGGUGGAUUGUGUGUGUGUGUGUGUGUGUGUGGAGUAUGGACUAAUAGGGCUGGUUUCCUGAACUCG